CUCAGUCUCUGAACAUCUGCAUCCGCUGCAUUAACUCACUUUACACUCUAUUCACUCCACUUUAUACUCUAUUCACUCCACUUUACACUCUAUUCACCCCACUUUACACUCUAUUCACCCCACUUUACACUCUAUUCACCCCACUUUACACUCUAUUCACCCCACUUCACACUCGAUCAUUAUUGACCCUUCUGGGAAAGAGAAGAACUAAAAGAAGCUGAGAGUGAUCCUGCGGCUGAUGGCACGAGGAGAAGGAGCGGAGCAGUUUCCUGUUAAAACCAGAGGACAGGAUGGACUCCAAAAGAGCAAGAUGGGUGUGUCUGUGUGCAGUAAGCUGUGCUUUGCGAUUGGUGGAGCUCCAUAUCAGAUCACAGGAAGUGCUCUGGGCUUCUUCCUGCAGAUCUUCCUGUUGGAUGUGGCACAGUUGGAGCCGUUCUACGCGUCCAUCAUUCUGUUCUCAGGACGCGUAUGGGACGCUGUUACAGACCCCACUGUGGGUUUCUUUGUGAGUCGGACUCGGUGGACGCGACACGGCCGGAUGAUGCCAUGGAUCAUCAUGUCCACUCCAUUCGCAGUCUUGUCUUAUUUCCUGAUCUGGGUGGUUCCUCCGGUGGAGACAGGCAAAAUGAUGUGGUAUUUCUUUUUCUACUGUGUGUUCCAGUCUCUACAGACGUGUUUUCAUGUGCCUUACUCGGCUCUGACCAUGUUCAUCAGCUCCGAGCAGAAAGAGAGAGAUUCAGCCACAGCGUAUCGUAUGACUAUCGAGGUUUUCGGCACGGUUCUCGGAACAGCUAUUCAGGGUCAGAUUGUGGGCAGAGCCAAUGCGCCUUGUGUAAACCACACCUCCUUUUUGAACGACAGCUUUAGUGUUACACCGCUGAGUUCUGAGGUCAACGCAACACACGUCACAUUGGAGGAUACGAAACGAGCAUACAUGCUCUCAUCCGGUGUGAUUGGCAUCAUCUACAUCCUGUGUGCUGCAGUUCUAUUUCUGGGCGUGCGAGAACAGAAAGAUGUGAGCCGUGUGAAAGUGGAGCGUUUGUCGUUUGUGGAGAGUCUGAAGCUGCUGCAGAAACAUGGGCCGUACGGUAAACUGGUCACGGCUUUCCUCUUUACAUCUCUGGCCUUCAUGCUGUUGGAGGGAAACUUUGCUCUGUUCCUCAUCUACACACUUGGACUGCACGACGACUUCCAGAACAUUCUCCUCCUCAUCAUGCUCUCUGGAACCCUCACCAUCCCUCUGUGGCAGCUCUUCCUCACACGCUUUGGAAAAAAGACUGCAGUUUACAUCGGCACCUUGUGGGCGGUUCCCUUCAUGAUCCUGGUGGUGUGUAUUGAAAGCACUCUCAUCGUAUUGUACAUCAUUGCCAUAGCAGCCGGUGUCAGCGUGGCUGCAGCUUUCUUCCUGCCAUGGUCGAUGUUACCCGACGCAGUGGAUGAUUAUAAAGUACAGAAUCCCAACUCUCAGGGUCACGAAGCCAUCUUCUACUCCUUCUACGUUUUCUUCACCAAGUUCGCCUCUGGAGUUUCACUGGGAAUCUCCACUCUCAGUUUACAUUUUGCGGGUUAUGUGUCGAGGGCAUGUGUUCAGCCUGAUUCGGUGAAGUUAACCCUGAAGCUGCUGGUGUGUGCCGCGCCCGUCUCCCUCAUCAUCCUCGGCCUGCUCAUCUUCAGAUCCUAUCCCAUCAACGAGGAGAGGAGGAGACACAACUGUCACCGCCUACACGCCCUGCUGCAUGACAGCAGUGAAGAGGACUCUGAAAACUCCAAACUGUCAGCAUGUUCUGUCUGAAUCUCACAUGCUUCUGUAGCAUGUGUGGGGAACAGACAAACAGAGAGACAGACAGAGAGAGAGGGGGAGAAAAUGUAAAAGUGCCUUACUGAGUCUUUUCCACGCGUCAAGAUAAAUGAAGGAAGACAGAAGAUAUUUUGUUUUUGCACUCAGUCUGCUCGUUCCACUGCAUGGUGGCUGAUGAAUAAUAAUAAUAGUAAUAAUAAUAAUAAUAAUAAUAUGGCGGCUCCCCUGGUGAAGGACUGGAACAAUUACAUCCAGCACCGGCCUGCACUGGAGUCCAGAGGUUUUGUUUCUUCAUCGACUUCCACUCAUGAGCAGUCAGGAGUGUGUGUAUCAGACAUCGCAGGAGUGUGUGUGUGUCCUUCCAACACAAGAGAAGCACCUUCAGCCUCGACUUGUUUGGACCAGUGCACUGUGGAUAAGAUCCUGAAGUCUGCAUUGAUGCCCACUCGAUCCUUCGUCUCCACAUUCAGACAGGAACAAACACGAGGGGCUUUUAACCAGGUGGAGGAAAGGAACUUUAAAACAGGAUUGGACCACUGAAGCCCUGGCUGCAUUUUCAUCUCAAUAACUAACUUGAUACAUUUGGAGACGUGUACACAAUCUCAUCAGACUCUGCUGCCCCCCCCGUGGCUGAUCCAAAGAAUUACGUUCAGUAACAAAUGCCAAAGUUAUUUGGAGAAAAAUCAAAUCUACCUAAAAAAAUAAAUAUAAGAUGAAUAAAUUUCUGCGUGGAAAGAAUAUAUUACAAUGUAAAACAGAAAAACAAAAAAACAACUGCUUAUUAAUUACUCCAAGUGAAUUUGGUGAGGGGCGGCACGGUGGUGUAGUGGUUAGCGCUGUCGCCUCACAGCAAGAAGGUCCUGGGUUCGAGCCCCGUGGCCGGCGAGGGCCUUUCUGUGUGGAGUUUGCAUGUUCUCCCCGUGUCCGCAUGGGUUUCCUCCGGGUGCUCCGGUUUCCCCCACAGUCCAAAGACAUGCAGGUUAUUAGGUUAACUGGUGACUCUAAAUUGAGCGUAGGUGUGAAUGUGGGUGUGAAUGGUUGUCUGUGUCUAUGUGUCAGCCCUGUGAUGACCUGGCGACUUGUCCAGGGUGAACCCCGCCUUUCGCCCGUAGUCAGCUGGGAUAGGCUCCAGCUCGCCUGCGACCCUGUAGAACAGGAUAAAGCGGCUAGAGAUAAUGAGAUGAGAUGAGAUGAAUUUGGUGAAUUAUUUACUUGUGUAUCGUGCCCUCUUGUGGAUGAAACAGGAAUGACAUCCAGGGCAUAUUGGGGAAAGGAAGACUGGAGAUGGAGUUGCAGGUAGAAGGGAAAGAGGAAGAGCAAAGAUGAGCUUUAUGGAUGCGGUGAAGGAGGACAUGAGGACAGUUGGUGUGACAGAAGAAGAUACAGAGGACAGGAGGAGCUGGAGGGACAUUAUCCGCUGUGGCGACCCCUAACGGGAACAGCCGAAAGGAGGCGUGAGAUCAAGCGUUCGGGUUUACGUUUCUAUCUCAUUCUGAAUCAUUAUUUGGAAUAACAUCGGUUUAUUAGAUGCAUUGCUCCUGACUUUAACUUGAUUCAUUAAACCAUGUAACAUGGCUCAUUGUUUUUUAAUAUUCACGCCAUGCACAGUUUUGUAUCAAAUACUGAUUUGAAUGAUGCGAUAUUACAGUUUACCAACUUUAGCUCAGCUAACCAGCUCCCUAAACAACAUGAAUGCUAACAUUAGCCAGGUAGCUUUUUAGCGUAGCGAGUGUUCGUACUGUGAAGCUGAUGACUUCGGACCGUGCUGGUGGAUAAGUGAUGUUCACCUUGGCGUGUUGAUCAGAACCCAGGACACUCAGAUUUCCAGCAUUGUUCAAACUGAACACUUCCACCAGCUAAACUAGCAUUAGCAAAAACAGGCCACGUGGUAUGUUAACUCCGCCUCUGUCCAGCAUUAACAAAUGAACCGUAAAGCAGUGUAAACAUCUGUCAAGUUGGAAAUAUCUAGUUUUCCUUUCAGUUCAUCACAGACUUGCACGACUCAGAUGCUGGAAAGUUCACUGAGGACGUUGUUCUUGUUUCUACUUUUUCUUCCUCCUCCUGACUGCAGAUGUCCAUAUGCUCGAUAGCGCAGCAGCACAAGAGGGCACCUGUGCAACAGUCUCCAGCUUUUUCAAGUGAGUUAGCAUUACCUCAGUCACGGUACCGACCUGAAGUUGCAUCGCUCUUCGCAAGCUAGGUCACAUCAUGCUCGUGGUUAUGUUGUGUAAUUAAAAACGUUAAUGAGGUACAGCACAGUUUACUGUGCGGUUUGAGCUGUAAACUAAAUCGGACUGCACUGUGAUGAAACGCAUUGCUGCUGGUGUUAAUACUGACGAAGCUUUUGUGAAGCUCGACGUUUUAUGGGUUGAAAAUGGCUCAAAACGCCACCUACUGGUUAAAAUCGUCCUGAACCUCCAAGGCUGAUGCUGAGGUCGAGUUGACUGUUUGGCGCUCCUCUCCGUCAUGAAAUUCAAAUAAUUAUUUAUUAAAAUUAAUGUUAAUAUACCCUACCUUCCACAAGCCCCGCCCAUGAGUGGGGGUCUGUGAAACUGAUCUGCUUUUCAAAUCCACGCCUCCUCCCAGUAAAAUUAUUACAGCAAUUAUCUGUUCAGAGAAUCUGUUCAGCGGCGUCAAACUUUAAACGUCUGUAGAUUGGUUCAGAAAAUAACAGACUCCUAAAUGUAGUUUAAAUCCUCAGCGCUCGACACACGCCGUGCUUUUGUGUUGGUUUGUGUGAAGUUCAUCUUAAAGUCCAAGUUAAAAUGUUUUACACGUCUGACAGCAACAUUUCAAACAACCUUUACACCGAGUUGGCUCAAAUUUGUGAAUUAUUUUACAUUGAACAGUUUUAAAAAAGCUUUAGAAUAUAAAAUUUGAUCGAAACUUAACAUGAAAGCAGGAGAAUGAUGUACAGAACCAGUCAAAAGUUUGGACACCCUGACUAAUUCAAUGUUAUUUCUUUUAUUUUUAUGAAUUAAGUCACUUAACAUCUUUAAAGUAAUGAUGGAUGUCGUUUCUCUUUACGGAGUUGUUCGGUUGUUGAUGUAUGGAUUACUGCAGGUGUGGAAUCGGGUUAUUUACUGUAUUUGUAUUGUUUACUGUUUGAUCUCAAAUGCAUUAAGGAGGUCAGAAACUUGUCCACUAAUUACCUUUUAACGAGCCACACCUGUUAGUGUUCCAGGUGACUCCCUCAUGAAGCUAUAAAUUGGUAGGCGUGUCCAAACGUCUGACUGAGACCUCUAGGAAACGUGGAAAGAACUGAAGUUUUUAUGAAUCAUGAAGCAAAACCACUUGUAAGUUAAAUACAAGUACAUGUAAUACAAGUAAACGUACAUGUCCUUGGGGUUGCUGAGACAUGGAGGGGUGGGAAUAAGAUCUAGCCCAGAGUUCAAGUCAAAGCCCUUUGAGAGUAAAUGCUUUGGCUUUCACAACAUUCUGUUCCCAAAAGCUGAUGUUGGGGAAAAAGUCUUUACGCAAAGGAGGUUUUCUUGCUUCUGUAGUUUUUUUUUUUUUUAAUUGUUCUUCCGUGUCGGGACUUUUUGGGGAAAAAGAAGGUCUAUUCCAACAUGUAGCUAAUGCUAACACUAGGCCACAAAUCUGCACCGUCACUCCAGUUGUUUCGAGGAAUUUUGUACAGAUCAGAGCCGCUAAUAAACUCUCAUUUCCAUGUAUAUCUAUCCUUCGCUUCUUUCUGACUAAGAUUAUCCAAGUAAUCCAGUAGUAGAACUUUUUUAGCUGUAUUUUUCUUCAGACAACAGCAACAGAUGCCGGACAUCUCCGCUUGGCUUCAGUAUGUGAACAGCCAAUCAGUGGGUCCCGUAUAUGUUUACGAUUUUUAUGUCACAAUUUACAACCAGUCAGAAACAUCCUUUGUCGGCUGUCCAUCAAUCACAGGCUCCCGUGCUACAAUGGCGGUAUGUUGAUAUAAUUUUUAUUUUCUAAAUAUUUAUCAAAAGCACUAACUUUUGUCGUCCGAUCAAACAGUUACCAUUAAAAUUUUACUCGUCCUUGCACAGACUUUAGUCGUCUGGGACGAUCAGACAUACGGUUUUUCGAGCGUUGCAGUGUAUCCUCAGUACCUGACUUUAACUAACACACACGUGCUUAUUAAUGAGUGUUGAGCUCUUAUUAAAUGUAUUUGAUAAUAUUUAAGUUCUAUCUAUUUAUAAAGUUUAAAUGUUCAAAGCCCGAGAAGCUGCUCUUUUUGAAUGAAGUGAAACGCUUUAUUUUUUUUUGUAAUAUUUUUCAUUUCAGUCAUCGAAUGCUUGAGUUCAAUAACAUUUCAGUUGAUUUUGUGUAAUUUUUUUUGUGCAGCACUAAACAGCUUGAAUGGUCCAAAUGUUAAGUUUAUUUUAUAAAUGUUAAUGUUGUAAUCUGCUUUUUUAAAGGUUUUAAUAUAAAACCCUGAAAUACCAAAGGAGAUGAAAGAAAUCCAGUCUAAUUAAAACAAGUGUAUUCAAGGCCUUUAUUAUUAUUAUUAUUAUUAUUAUUAUUGACUGAUUUGAUGCAGCCUUAAUUUUAUGUACUUUUUUCUGUUAGAGUUUUGUGAAAACAGUUUUGUAAAAUAUUUAAACAUAAAAUGACUGUACACGGAAACAGGAGGAAAAGACCUGAAUAAAAGUUUACGGUAUGAAAGUGUGUGCGCGUGCGUGGUGUUUUAAAGUGACUGUAAAUGAGUUGUGGUUUCAUGAGAAAAUGAGUAAAAGGUUGUUACAGUAA